AUGAGGUCACACGGUUCCGCUAAAGGAUGGGCUAUUCAGUCCCUCGCCGAGCUCAUCGGCACGGCCAUGUACAUGUAUCUCGCUAUCGGAGGUGCUGACGCCGUCAACCGCGCAACAAACGGACAGUCUGGCGCUCUCGGACAGGCGUUCGCGUUCGGUAUUGCGCUCAUUGUCACCGCAUGGGCCUUUUUCCGCAUCUCUGGAGCCCACUUCAACCCAGCGAUCAGUUUCUCGUCCUUGAUCACUGGCCACCUUAAUAUCCCCAAGUUCGUCAUGUACUUCAUUGCGCAGAUCUUGGGAGCUAUGCUCGGAAUUGCCUUGGUCCGUGGUACAACUCCUAGUAGUGAAACCAUCGGACAAGUCAACGAGUUGGCCAAUGGUCAGGGCAUUGCUCGCGGUUUCUUCCUCGAGUUCUUCCUGACAACCAUCCUCUGCUUUGUCUACCACAUGAUCGUCCACGAGAAAAACCGCUCGACCUUCAUGUCUGCCCUCCCCUACGGUCUGGCCAUCUUCUCCUGCCACCUCUUUGCCUACCGUUACACCACUGCCGCUAUCAACCCCGCCCGUGCCUUCGGUACCUCCGUUGUUGCCCGCUGGUUCUCCAGGGACCACUGGAUCUUUUGGUUCGGACCUCUCUGCGGUGCUAUCUUGGCUGCCAGUCUUCACAUUUUGUUCCGCUACUUGGACUUUGAUUACUACUCCGCCGGUAUUGAUGCCGAGAACCAGGCGCAGUACCAGCGUGCCCAGAACGCCGUUAACGGUACUAAGCAGACCAACACCAGCCCCAACAACGGUGGCCACUAUGACCAGAACGUCAACUACAGCGACAACAAUGCCAGCUACAACAACAAUGGUCAGCAUCACACCACCAAUACUACGGCUACUGGCGGUCGCUAA